ACAGUCAAGUUUUGAAAUUCUCGGUGAACGGUGAAAUUUCGUAAUAAAAAAUUAUAAUUUUAAUUGAAUUAUCGAUAGUCAGCGAAUAAAAUGCCAGAAUCAGAGAACACAAUGUUUAUCCGGUCAGACGGAAUAUCAGCUGAAGGAAUAAGAGAUCAAUAUGCUGAUGGAAAAGCUGCUAAAGUUUGGGAAAUUUUCAUUGGAGACAAGAAGUCGAGAACACAAAAUUAUAAAAACUUUUUACUUGAUUUGUUGCGUAGCAGAGGCUGUAAACGAAUUUUAGAUGUCGCAUGUGGCACAGGAGUAGACUCAACAAUGUUAGUCGAAGAGGGUUUUGAAGUUGUAUCAGUUGAUGCCUCUGAUAAAAUGUUAAAGUAUGCGUUAAAAGAACGUUGGAAUCGUCGUAAAGAAAGUAACUUUGACAAAUGGAUAAUUGAAGAGGCAAAUUGGCUUACGCUUUAUGAUGACAUCAAGGAUUUUAUUCAGGGUGGUUUUGACGCUGUAAUAUGCUUGGGAAAUUCAUUUGCUCAUAUGACUGACUCUUAUGGAGAUCAACGACAACAAAUACAAGCGAUAAGAAAUUUUGAGAAAUGUGUGAAGCCUGGUGGUCUCUUGCUUAUCGAUCACAGAAACUACGAUAACAUCAUGGAAACUGGAGCAACUCCAAGCAAAUGCAUUUACUAUAAUAGUCAACACAUGACUGAUAUCAAAACUUCGGUGCUUUAUGUUUCAGGAAAACCCAACAUGGUAACCCUUGACUAUUUAAUUAGUAAUGGAAGCGAAAAUAGCGAGUUUCGUCUUUCAUACUAUCCACAUUGUCUGGAAGUAUUUAAAAACACGUUGAAGGAUAUUUUCAGUCUAGAAAGUGAUCAUGAAAUCUAUGGAGAUUUUAAACAUUUGGGCGAAAGCAACCCAAAUCCUGCUUUCUACAUUCAUGUUGUUGAAAAACACAAAUAGAUCUAGGAAAAAGAUAUCAAAGUUGUUCAUUUACAAUAUUGAAAUGUGAAAACAUUUCUAUUGAAAUUAAGGAAGAAAUAAAGCAAAACAUUAUAAUUGAAAUUAAUUAAUAAAUAUUUUUAUUCGAUUUGAAUAAAAAAAAUAGAUAAAUCAGAUUUAUUAGGAAGCAGACAAUAAAGUUUUUAAAUCUUUUAUUUCUUGUCUAAUUAAAUUAAAUCAAUUUUCUUUGAAGUGAAGA